GGGACCUGCUCGUGUCGUGAGCAAGCUACGGGCUGCAGAAUUCACAUCUACCACCAAAAAUCUCCCUCGACCAUCCCAUGAAGACGUAUAUCAAGAGCACGCACAGCUCACUACAGUCUCGAGCGAUCUGGGGCGCGAAUUUAGUUUCUGUUUUACGAGCAUCCGUGAAUUUACAGCCUGCGAUGCUUGUGCUUACACGAUUAUUGAUUUAUUAAUAAUGCGCACGGAUUUAUGCACAUUUAAAGACGUGAUUGAUUGAUUUAUGGUCGGUUGUUAGAAGAAGGUAGAAGGUGCAUUAUAUUGCGGAGGCGCUGAAAUUGAGCUCUUUUCAUCUGUUUGCGUUUGUGAUCGAGCAGGAGGGAGGAGUGGCGGAGAAACGGCUGGCUCCUGAAUUCUGAAUCCUGCCUAAAAUCCACAAAGAUGCUAUAUCUGCCAGUGUUAUCCAUGACCUCAGAUUUACAGCAUUACAGUUUCAGGAUGCCGAAUAUAGGGUUCCAGAACCUUCCCCUCAAUAUCUACAUUGUGGUCUUUGGGACGGCCAUUUUCGUCUUCAUCCUCAGCCUACUCUUCUGCUGUUACCUGAUUCGGUUACGGCACCAGGCUCACAAAGAGCUCUAUGCAUACAAGCAGGUUAUUCAAAAGGAAAAGGUCAAAGAAUUAAACUUGCAUGAGAUUUGUGCGGUGUGUUUGGAGGAAUUCAAGCAGAAGGAUGAGUUGGGAAUCUGCCCAUGUAAACAUGCCUUUCACAGAAAGUGCCUUAUUAAAUGGCUGGAGGUGAGGAAGGUUUGCCCGCUGUGCAACAUGCCCGUCUUGCAGCUGGCGCAGCAGCAGAACAUGUCCGAAUCUGUGCCCCCUUCGCAGCAGCUUCUGCCCGGAGUGGAGAACCUGGUGUAGCCCCUCCUGUUUCUCCUAAAAAUCUGACCACCACUACCAUCACACUCACUCCUGUACAGGUACACAUUCAUAUCCAAGGACAGAGUGCAGGAUUUGUGCCUGGAGCCACGGUGACCUGUGACCUGCAUAUGUUCAUGUCCUGCCUUGGUGGCUUUAAAAAUGAUU